UUCACAUUCUUUUCCGGGUGGGUUAGGUGACCGGGUCAUCUAUCUCUGUUGCAAUCUGCGCAGCAAAACUCGUAACUGCUGAUUCCAUUAUUCCAAAAUAAUUUGUAUAGCUACAGCCGUUGCAAUUCAUCCCUAUUUUCUGCUCUUCCAAAUUUCCUUCUAUCUUCAAGUAAAUCGUGAUUUUAAGCAUCUUAUAGUUAAUCUAUGGGAUCUGUUCUUGAUGCAGAAUGCACUGAACCUGGAACAAAGGUGACUGUUAUAUUUGUUUUAGGUGGCCCUGGCAGUGGAAAGGGAACACAGUGUGCCAAUAUUGUUCGACACUUUGGAUACACCCAUCUAAGUGCUGGUGAUCUUCUGCGAGCAGAAAUUAAAUCUGGCUCCAAGAAUGGGACCAUGAUCCAGAGCAUUAUUAAGGAAGGAAAGAUUGUCCCUUCAGAGGUUACUGUGAAGCUUCUCCAGCAUGCCAUGCAGGAAAGUGAAAAUGACAAGUUUCUUAUUGAUGGUUUUCCUCGCAAUGAGGAGAACCGAGAAACCUUUGAAUCUGUUACUGGAAUAGCACCCAAUUUUGUUCUUUUUUUUGAUUGCCCAGAAGAUGAGAUGGAGAAGCGUCUUUUGAGUAGAAAUCAGGGUAGGGAGGAUGAUAAUAUAGAGACCAUCAAAAAGCGUUUCAAAGUAUACUUGGAGUCUUCUCUUCCGGUUAUUGCACAUUAUAGCUCAAAGGGAAAACUCAAAAAGAUUGAUGCUGCCAAACCAGUCGAUGCUGUAUUUGAAGAUGUUAAAGCUAUAUUCAAUUCUACUUCAGAAAAGGUUGCUUCUGAGGAAUUCCAGCAUCUCCAAGAUUCCACAUCCAGUUAAAUCAAAUGAGGUAGAGAUCAUUUUUGUAAGUUGUGAAAAUUUCUUCACUUCCAAUUUUUUGUUGGCCAAGCUAUAGAAUUUCGGUUACAAAGUGAUUACACAAAUCAUAAUGCGUUAGAUAUGCUUCAAAUUUAGUAGCAUUGACAAUUGUAUAUGAAAUACAUUUAUAUUGAAUUAGGAAUACCGUAAGUCUUUGCUAUCUCCCUUUUCUUUGUAUUGGAGAAGUUGGAUUUUGAUAGUUGCAUUAAUUGCAAUGUUUUGAAGAUUCUAGAAUUUCAUUAGGUUGCAAUUGCUGAUUUUUCGAAUUUAUGUUAUUGACAAAGAUCCUAUAGCUAGCAUGAAUCAAAGCUCCCACCUUUUUGAUGCCAAUGCCUAACCAUGAAAAAUUAUGUUGUGCUGAGUCGCCUGGAUGCCGGAUGGGAUGUCUUGUGUCAAAUGUACUGUAACAAUUUAUCCAGUGAACAGUUUUGUCUUGCUGUGCUUGCCACCCAAAAAUAGGCUAAUCAUGGAAAUUAUAUUUUGAUGGGUUGCCUUUUAUCGUGCCUAUUAUAUCUCGUACUGUGCCAAGUUGUGUCUUGUAGCGUUGUGUUGUGCUUGAGUGGCUCGUGUAGUAGCCCCGCGCUUCCAUCUUUCACUCAACAUUUGUGCUACUUUCAAUUGCAUUUAUGGUUGACGAUUGGUGACCUUAUUCCAUCGUGUGUUCUCAAAGAUAUCAUGUAAUGGUUUACUACUAAUAUCUAAUUAUUUAGAGAUAAGUGUAAUGAAGAAGUGUUAUAAAUGAUUUUUUAGUAACUUUUGAUUUUAAAAUCCCUUUAUCCCUUUGCUAUUAAAUUAAAUGUGGGUAAGGGUGUAACACUAUCAUUCUAUUUACCUUUUUUCUUUGUUCAUCACUACUCUUCCCGAAAAUUUGAAAAAAAUAAGAGUAUUUAACAACUUUAUUUCAAAAAUAAGCUUCGUUCAAACUUUAUUCCCAAAUUAAGCGUCCUUGGCUCCAAAGCUAGGCCUGGUGUAAACUCGCUCUUACUAAUAGCGAAUUAAAAUAAAUAGUCAAAAUUUUACUUAAGGGAUAUGUCAUUGUUACUAACAACGACCUAAUGUUUGAAUGGUCAACAAGGUCAAGUCGUUGUUAAUAACAGCGACUUUAUGCGUGUUAAAUUUUCCAGUUCUUCUUCUUCAUUUCAGUUUACUUUCUCAUUCAACCUACGAGAUCUCCCUCUUCUUUCCACCAUUAAAAUCAACUUCAAUCCUUCAAUUAAUCUCAUCAAAUUCCAAGUUUCUACUACUAAUUAGUUGUGUCAUCUUUCUACAUUCACUUAAGGUUCUAGUUUUUCGUAUUUAU